UUUUUAUUUCCGCUUCCGUUGACUGAAAACGCUUGGGAACACCAGGAAAAAUGGCAAAGUCUAAGAAUCACACAAAUCAUAACCAGAGUAGGAAGGCCCACAGAAAUGGCAUCAAGAAGCCCAAACGCUACAGGCACGAGUCCACUGUUGGCAUGGACCUGAAAUUCCUGCGUAAUCAGAGGUUCGCGAAGAAGCACAAUCUGAAGCCGAAGGCCCAGCUGAAGAGGGCAACGGAGCGCAAGGCCCUCCGUGAAUCCAAGGGAAACAAAUAAAUGUAGACUUUGCAGCAAACAAUAAAAUUUGAAAAAAAAACCAUAAAAGCCAAUAAA